AUGCACCUACUUGGGCGAUACUAUUCUAGCCACAUUAUUCCGAUAGAGGUUCUGUCGAUGUGGGAAGACACCUUCACCGGCUUGUUCAAGUUUCGCGCACGGUAUCUGGUGUACGCAUCCGACCUUCCCGAAGACGCUAUUGCUCGCCUUGGCAAGGAUCGCCUCGCUUUUGAAGACAAGGGAACAACUGGCAGCAACAGCGGCGUUAAGGUGGCUUCCGCCUCCAAUCCAAGUUCUCCGUUGUCCAAGCGAGACCAGAAAGCAGACGACGACGAAGUGUUCCUCACAAACAAAAGGGAGGACCUUGACGCGGUAUUGAUAGAUAAGCCAGUCACGCUCUGCGUGGGUAUCCGUGACGAUUCGCCCGCCGGAUGGAAAAGGAACUUAGGGCCACGGCUCACCCAUUCAUUCGAUGUUAGUUCGGGUGAAUUCACUCCUGUGGAGUGUACGGACGCCAUAGCCAAACGCGCGAGAAUUCGGCUCGUGGAAGCUGUCGCGCGCGCGUCACGUCGCGCCGAGGAAGUCGCUGCCGCCGACAGCGGCCAGCGUGCGAUGCAGAGCAGCGGUUGGCUGUUGCCGAAGCGAAGGACAGUAGGGCCUGCUGCUGUCAAGGGUAGUGCCGACAGACGUGGCAGCAUCGCAGCUGCCACAUCUGUGGGCGACACCGUAUCAGUCAGAGAACCCAGCGAGGGAGAGUCCUCAGAAGGGGAGGAACCUAAGUCCGAUGACCCGGAGUGGGAAAACGACGACCAAGACAGCGACUACGCGAGCGACAUCAGCAACUCCACCGACCGAGGGAACCAUGAUGCACAGGAGCUGCGGGCGGGCGGCUCGGUUCAAGCACGAGCUGGAAGCACGGGAGCAACACCUUCCUCGCCAACUUCGUCCGUGCCGCGUUGUUCGGCGGAAACCACACGAGAUGCAGGGGGGGCAUUGGGAUCGAAGUGCCGACCGUCGAUUGCGGGAACGAGAACGAGGGGGCGCUCCACCAAGGCUGCCGUGGACGGUGCGGAGAAGUCGGACUGCGAUCCGCAGCAAAUUCUAGUCGGUGACGACUACCAAGCCGACAUCCCAGACCUAUUGUCGGCAGAAGAGAGGAAGGAAGAGGCGGGGCAUCCCGCUGCUGGGACAGGUGCCAAGAUGGUGUGGCGGAGUAUCCGCAACUGGGAUCCGCAAUCCCGUCAGAUGUUGUCGACAUAUCUCCAUGCGGCGAAGGAUGUCUUGCAGAAGAAGCAAGCCUCCCCUGGCGUGGCUGUGCAUGUGCGCCUCGGAGACAGCGGUAGUGCAGCAAAGGGAGACAAGGGGGUAACCACCAGUGUCGCCAGCAGCUACGCCGUGUGGGCAAUAACGGCUGGUCGCCACUCUCCUGGAGUGACUCGCGUUGCGUGCUCGGAAAUGGCUCAGACAAACGUCCCGAUGUCUGCCGUCCAACGGGUUCAGAGCGAAGAAGAAGCUCUGGCUGCCUUGGUCAAAGCGAGGUGUACCCUGGACGACUUCAGGCCCGCCCUGAAGGUUCUCGACCAGGCAUCCACGGAGAGCGUAGCUCCGUGGACGCUCUCACAGGUGAGAACUCUGGAGCAGGUUCUGGAGAAGGAGUUCAAAUGGGACAGGCGGUUGCACGGCUGGGCACGAGAAGGGAUGGACCUUGAACGAGAGGACUUCAUUGAUCUCGCGAACGUUUGCAAGCAGGUCCGCGGCAAGACCCGCGCCCAGGUUCUGUCGUUCUACUACCGGUAUCUUGCUCACGCCAAACCCCUGACGGACGUCGUCUACGGCAAGGAGGCGGCAGAGGCACGGAAGCUCGAAGCCAUCCUUCCCGCUGGCACCACCAAAUCCCCGAAAGAAACAAGCACCGCCCAACUUAAGCCGGCCACCAGUCACACGGCGGCCGGCCCGCCCACAAAUGGCCCUGCCAUUCGUAACAGAAGCAUCGCGACCCAAGACCCUCAACGCAAGCCGAAGCUCAUCAUACAGGCAGCUCCUGGGCCACCUGUAUCGACGACACAGAACAGAGGCGUGAUGCCAGAUGACCACAAACGACCUCUUGCGACGGUCGCCACUGCUGGUCUUGGUGUCCGUGUGUCUGCUUCUGCUCCCCACUACGCGCCUCCUAAUGGCAAUGUUAGCCGCGAAUACCAGCGCCGGGCCGUACGCAGGGGCCCAGGGACUGCAUCCGGGAACGGUUUUGCUGACGUCGAGGUGCUCGAGGUGAAAAAUCCUCACAACACCGCACGUGGGGUUUGCUUCACUCCGGGGUCACAGUAUACUUCUGUCUCUGGCUUCGAAGCGGGGCGUGAAAGACAAGUCGGCACCAAGGCACAAUCUCGCCAGAUUAGUGCAUUGGCAUCCGUUGGAAUGACAGCUCCGGCGCCAUACGGCUACCGCAACGUGAUGGCCGUGGCACGACAGGGGGAACGUUUGCCACAAUCUCACGUUCCUGUGCACGUUAACGCAAAGCCGAAGGAGGCGGCCGCGGACGAAGACGGCGAGUUCGGCUUCAUGUAUCCUUGUUGGAGGCUGCUGGAAAGAGCAAACGCUUACAUGGAUCAGGACCAACUUGUGUACAUGAGAGGCCUCCUCGUCACACACAUUCACAAGCCAAUGACUCGUGCCCAGCUACUGGAGAGGGCCGAAAGCUGUCUCCAAGAACAGCCGGAGAUCUUCAUGGCUUUCGUCAAGGUGUUCGAUCGAAUCAAUCACCCGUACACCGAUCCUCAUCCGGUGCCGCUGUACUCUGGCACCAAGCGACCCACCCCCGACACCCCCGCCGAGCCGAGGUCGGUGUUGAGGACGUCUUUCAGCGGACGGGUUCCGCCAACCGACGAUCAUGUAGACUCCCGCGCACGUGCGUCGUACUCCUCCUACGCUCGACAACACGCCGUAGUUCCCACCUUCGCGGCAUCCCCCGGUGCAGCAGUAGAUGGGGUCGGCGAUCGCCACGGCAAUGGCCAGGGCCGAGGGGGCGGGGGCGGCGGCGUUCGUUCGGGAAAGGCGCACGACCCUUAUCCCUGCGUGGCCGCGGAUGGCGCGGCAGAUGCCCGCCGUCGCUGGGCCGUUCCGGCCGCUCUGGGCAGCGGUAUCGGGGGUUGGCGCCACGGUGCGAGUGGCAGACCCUCGACGUACGUGAGUGGCGACGCCGAGCUUCCCCCUCCCUCGUACUCGGCUGGCCCGACUGGGGGACCUGUGACGAUGUACGAUGGUCGUGACGGGGGGUUCGAUGUCAGCGGAGAGCUAAUGAGAGCUUGGCCGCAGAAAAAUCAGCAGCACCCUCCGAGUAGAUGGCCAACGGGUGGUAGUGCUUCUUCUUAUGCCAUACCUGGCGGAACAACUGAAGCCCGGAAGUCUAGACCCAGGAUGCCGGGAUGGGUGGAGAACGGCAGGUAGAGGAAAAGAGGGCGACUGAGGAAUUUGAUGCGGCGGUCAAGCCUGUCGUACAUUUGAACUGACUGGCUGGUUUCUCUUUGCCUGUCGUGGAAGUGAAUUAGACACACACAGGGCUGUUUUCGUGCAUGCGCCAAUCAAUGCAUGGAUGGUACUAGUUCUCCUAGGUUUUCAGACUAUUGGUCGUAUAUAAAUGGGUUUCUGAGUGGAACGCGUGUGUUGUUGGUGAAAUGAACGCUCGACGGAUGUGCUGUGGCGUGACGUGACGUGCUGGUUGCCGUAACACAUUUUGUGUCAGAGUUUGCCAAGCUAGGUAGAACUUGCUGCCUGUCUGUGUGCCAUUUUUUUCGCAUAACCCAACCCUUGACCGAU